ACAUUGAUUUUCAUGGCAUUGUGUGAAUUGUGAAGGAUAUUGGGUGUUGAAGUUUGAAGUGGGAAGGAAUGGCAAUUCCUAUAUUGAGAGCUGUAAUGAUUUCUCAUGCUCACUCUCAACCACUCAUUCAAUAUUCCUUAUCUUCUAUUGAUGAAACUGUUAAGAGGAAGAAAAGAGUAGUGUUAUGUUCUUCUUCUUCUCAUUCUUCAGAACUUAAUCCUUUAAUUAGGUCAGAGGUAUCGUUUUCUUUUGGAACUUGUCUUAUUCCACAUCCAAAAAAGGUUGAGAAAGGUGGAGAAGAUGCUUUCUUUGUCAGCAACUAUAAUGGUGGAGUUAUUGCUGUUGCUGAUGGUGUUUCUGGCUGGGCUGAAGAGGAUGUAGAUCCUUCAUUGUUUCCACGCGAGUUGAUGACUAAUGCUUAUAAUUUUGUAAAAGAUGAGGAGGUGAACAAUGAUCCUCAGAUUCUUAUAAAGAAAGCACAUGCUGCUACAUUCUCUACAGGCUCAGCUACUGUCAUCAUUGCUAUGCUGGAAAAGAAUGGGAAUCUGAAGAUUGCCAAUGUUGGAGAUUGUGGAUUAAGAGUUAUCCGUAAUGGUCAAGUAAUCUUUUCCACUACUCCACAAGAACAUUACUUUGAUUGUCCAUACCAACUAUGCUCUGCGAGGGUUGGCCAAACAUACCUUGAUGCAAUGGUAAGUAAUGUAGAGUUGAUAGAAGGAGACACAAUUGUCAUGGGAUCUGAUGGCCUUUUUGAUAAUGUUUUUGACCAUGAAAUUGCUCUAACCGUCGGUAGAUACAAAGAUGUUUCUGAGGCUGCAAAGGCAUUAGCUAACUUGGCAAGCAGUCAUGCAACGGAUUCAAAUUUUGAUUCUCCUUAUUCAUUAGAGGCAAGAUCCAAGGGUUUUGAAGCUCCGUGGUGGAAGAAAAUUGUUGGAAUGAAGCUGACAGGUGGAAAGGUUGAUGAUAUUACUGUAAUUGUUGGUCAGGUUGUAACUUCAUGAGAUUUUCUAAUCUGAAUGAUUGAUUAUGCUUAAAGAAAACAUGGUCCUAAUUGUUGACAUUACCAGAUCAGAAGUUGCCUUAAGUAUAUUGUAGCAAUAUGUUUUGGUGAUGCUCUUAGAUAAAAAUGAUUUUUUUUUCUUCAUGUAAUUACUAUGUGAAUAGAGAAAAGCUGUAUAAGAUAUUCAUUGAAAGUUUUUUUGUUUAUGAAAUGUUAUAAAUAACAUUUGUCUUUGA